GACAGAAAGGGGUGAAAGGUGUUAUAAGCUGCUGAAUACAUCCAUGGACUAGAGGAAGUAGAGUUCCUAGAGAAGAAUGAUGAACGUGAACCGGCUAGUUGUCCUGUCUAAGUCUGUCCACAUCGGACAGCGGCUGCUGGCCUGUAACGUGUGGCAUGCCGGGAACAAAGUGGUCCGGCUGCAGCAGCAGAGGAGCUUUAGGACUCAUCCCAGACACCUGGCCUAUGCCAAGGACCUGUUCCUGGGUCAGAUCAACAAGGCCGAGGUCUUCCCUUAUCCAGAAAUUGGAAAUGAAGAAUUGGAGGAACUGAACCAGCUGGUUGCACCUGUGGAGAAGUUCUUCAACGAGGAAGUUGACUCAGCGAGGAUUGACCGGGAAGCCCAAAUUCCUCCUGAGACUAUGAAGGGGUUGAAGGAACUGGGGCUGUUUGGGGUCAUGAUUCCUGAGGAGUACGGGGGUCUUGGGUUGUCCAACACCAUGUAUGCACGACUGGCAGAGAUCACAGCAUUAGACGGCUCUAUUGCUGUGACACUAGCUGCACAUCAAGCCAUUGGACUGAAGGGGAUUCUGAUUGCAGGAAAUGAAGCUCAAAAGGAAAAGUAUCUGCCCAAACUGGCCACAGGAGAACACGUCGCAGCUUUCUGUCUGACAGAGCCCGGAAGUGGGAGUGAUGCCGCCUCGAUUCAGACCCGAGCAACGCUGUCAGAAGAUGGAAAACAUUACCUGAUCAACGGCUCCAAGUUUUGGAUAUCAAAUGGAAGCUUUGCAGAUAUUAUGACGGUGUUUGCCAGGACAGAGGUGCUUGUAGAUGGUGUGAAAAAAGAUAAGAUUACAGCGUUUAUCGUAGAGAGGGCUUUCGGGGGCGUCACCAGCGGCAAGCCUGAGGACAAACUGGGCAUCCGGGGCUCCAUCACUUGUGAAGUGUCCUUUGACAACGUCCCAGUUCCAGUGGAGAACGUUAUAGGAGAAGUAGGCGGUGGGUUCAAGGUCGCCAUGAACAUCCUGAACUCAGGGAGGUUCAGUAUGGGCAGUUCUUCAGCUGGGAUGAUAAAAAAACUGAUUGCAAUGACUGCUGAGUACGCUGCAACCAGGAAGCAGUUCAACAAAACCCUGGCUGAUUUUGAGAUGAUUCAGGAGAAGUUUGCGCUAAUGGCUCUUAAUGCCUACGUGAUGGAGAGCAUGGCGUACCUGACAGCAGGGAUAAUGGACAGACCGGGGCUGCCCGACUGUUCUCUAGAGGCUGCCAUGGUGAAGGUUUUCAGUUCCGAGGGAGGCUGGCUUUGUGUCAGUGAAGCUCUUCAGAUCCUCGGAGGUCUGGGUUAUACCAAGGACUACCCCUAUGAGCGAUACGUCAGGGACUGUCGCAUCCUGCCUAUCUUUGAGGGUACCAAUGAAAUCCUGAGGAUGUACAUCGCUCUCACUGGGAUGCAGUAUGCUGGCACAAUCCUCACAGGGAAAAUCAAGGAGAUGAAGAGAGGAAAUUUUGGCAUGGCCUUGGGCAUGAUAGGCAAGAAAUUUUGGGAAGCAUUUGGAACGCCAAAAAACCACGGCCUUACAGGGAAAGAGUGGGUGGUGCAUCCCAGCUUGACAGAAAGUGCAAAGAAGUUGGAAAUGAAUGUCACUAUGUUUGGACACACUGUGGAGACCCUGCUGUACAGAUAUGGAAAGGAACUAGUGGAUGAACAGCUCAUCCUGAAGAGAGUAGCAGAUGUAAUAAUCAACAUCUACGCUAUGACAGCUGUCCUGUCCAGAGCCAGCCGCUCCAUCAUCAACGGGCUCAAGAAUCACGACCACGAGGUGCUGAUUGCAGAGACGUUCUGCGGCGAAACUUUCUUCAAGAACAAUUACAUGCUGGUUCAGUUACAAAAACACUCUCCAGAGAACAACGAUGCCAACAUCAAGAAGAUCGCCCGGCAGGUCUUGGAGAAAAGAUCCUACAUCUGCUCUCACCCGCUUGAAAGAACACACUGAGUUCUCC